UACUUAACAUUAGCCAAUAUUGUGUUCAUGUACAUUAUAAUACAAUCAAAUGAAUGGACGUAUAACACAACACGCUCAAAUAGCAACGCAACUGACGACAGGAGAAAAAGGACUCAGGGGGGAUAACUCUCAUACUAAACCGUGUUCGGCGAUACAUAUGUAUCAUUUCUCAUAUAUAAUUCAUUUGUUUCGAUUCUAGAAAGGGAAUCAUUGUAUUGAAAUAGAGUGCAUAUCAAUACGAUAUACGGUAUAGAAGCCACUUGACGAAGGUGAUUUCAAAUUGAUUGCAAGCAGAGAUAUGUUAACCUACUUUAUGCCCAGAGCGGCCAAUCCGGGAAUUAGGUAUACCGUGUAGUUUCAGUAAUCGCUGAUGAGAAUGUACGGUAGCAGCAAAUUCAUUAUCCGCUUAGUCGCGUCCUUUUCCCUGUCCGACACCUUUCCAUAUUGAAGGGAUAUUAGUCUUGUUACGCGGCGGGUGGACGUCUAUAUAGGGUCAUAAAUGACUUACAGAGCGAGCGCACGGACUGAUAGAUCCGAGAUACAAUCCACGGUCCAGUGAACAUGAUUUAGUGGUAAUGUUUAAGCAGUGUUCUGAACAGGAUGUAUGUAUUAUGCAUACAGGUGAAACGGAACAUGAACACGGAUAUGUGUGCUAGAGGUGCCAGUGUCAGACACCCGAGUAAGAGAAUGGUGUUAAUUGGUGCGAUUUAAGGGUCUAGUGGCAGUUUUAUAUGAGCGCCCGAUUGGGAGUACCGGACAAUCUACAUCUGUAGAUAUGACGGUUAACACAAUGGCGAUUAAUUCACAGGUUGAGGAGGAGCUGAAGAAAAAACUCAAGGACAAUGACUGCGGAAUGUCAACAAUGCUCCAGGCCGCGGCAAUGACCAAGGGUGAAAUCAACUUCCACAACGCUGCCAAAGAGAAUGAUUUACCGGCUAUAGAAAAGCUACUCACCGACAGGGUCGACAUAAACUGCAAAAAUAAUCUCGAUAGAACAGCACUUCAUUGGGCUGCAGCCAAUGGCAAUACUGCUAUCAUAGAGAAAUUGAUUGAAGGAGGAGCGGAUUUAGAGGCCAAGGACAAGUAUGGUAUGCGGCCAGUACUAUGGUCAGCCUGGUUUGGCCACUUGGAUGCCCUCAAACUCCUCAUUAACUCUGGUGCUACUGCUAAAUGUUCUAACAAGCAAGGGAUGUGUAUACUCCACUGUGCUUCUCAGAACAAUAACGUCAACGUCAUAAAUUUUGUGCUGGAAUCUCUCGAGAACGUUAACGUCAAUGAAAUGGAAAAGGUAGGAGAGCGAACAGCACUACAUUUAGCCGCGGAGGCAGGUCAUUUAGAGACGGUGAUGCGGCUUAUAGACAUGCAGACUGAUGUCAACAAACGUGAUAAGGUUGGGGAGACAGCCCUUCAUCUAGCGGCCCGUAACGGUCAUGUAGAGGUUAUUAAACGUCUACUUAUGGUGGGUGUGGAGAUCAACGACAGGGACGUGGACGGGCGAACAGCGUUACACAUAUCGGCGGAGAGAGGUCAUUCAGAAGUGGUGGAAGUGCUUGUGGAGUAUAACGUGGGCUGUAACGCUGAGACAAUCAAAGAGUUUACUCCCCUUCACUUGGCUGCAACACAUGGUCAUUACGACGUGGCCAAAACACUCAUAGAGCACGGUGCUAAUGUCAACGCUCAGAACUUUCAAGGAAAUACAGCUUUACAUCUUGCCGCCACAGGGAAUUAUAAAGAAGUCGCACAACUGAUCGUCGAGUCAAACGCACAAAUAGAUCUAGCGAACCUUAGGUCGCAGACAGCUCUUCAUGUAGCAGUAGAGAAUGGGUUCCAGGACACGGUUGAGGUCCUGUUGGCGGGAGGAGCCAGUUUGCUCACGAAGGAAAAGUUAGGGAAAACACCUUUGCAGCUAGCAUCCCGAGGAAGUUUUGUUGCCAUUGUCGACAUGGUUAUCAAAGCAGAACGUUACUACGCUGUAGCAAGGGAUUACCACGAAAAAGAACUGGACUACGUUGAUCCACAUCGGUACCUCAGACAACCCAUCCACCCAUCAUCCAUCCAAAUGAAAGAUAUUCUCUGGCGAUUAGCCACAAAGCAACUUAAACCUGGGGACUGGAAAAAGCUGGCCAUACAGUGGAAGUUUACAGCAGAACAUGUUCGGGCUAUUGAGCACCAAUAUACAGGAACAAGCAGUUAUAAAGAGCACGGCUUCCGGUUGAUGAUGAUAUGGUUACACGGAGUCCGAAAAGAUGAAAAUAUCAUGAAACUACUUUUUGAGUCAUUAGUGGCAAUAGACAGACGGGUGCUGGCAGAACAAAUCAGACGACGGGCUGAUUAUGGUCACGACAAAUUUUGUAUGGGAAAUGUUUGUAAUAUUGCAUGACGUUUUGCAGACAUAAAAAGACAAUUGAAUUGCAGACAAUCUUUGUCAAUGUUUUCAAUGGUGCAUCUCGUGACAUACAGCAACACACCGGUUCACAAAAGUUGAUAAUUAAUAAUUAUAUUUUGUUAGUAUAACAGACGAAUUUUUUAUAUUUACAAAUAAAGCCGAACAGAUAGUGAUUGUAUUGAACUUGUCUCCUUUCCUUCAUGCUUUACGAUUCUGCUGAGUGUCGGAUUAGACGAAUUUGCUUGUGCAGGGAGACAUUAUGUCUAACUAUAUCUAAAAUACUUUUUAAUAUCAUCACUAUCCUUUAUGCAUGUAUUUCGUUGACAUAAUUUUCGGUAUAAUUAUAUUGGUAAUUGUCUUUGCUACCAUAUCUACGGUGCCUUAUAUUAAGUUGUGGGCGAUGCAUGCGUCGGGAUGGAAGUCAAGUGAAGCGCCAAUGUGUCUUCAAUAGACUUCUACGACUUCCUCAUACAUAUCUGUAUUACAGAUAAUUACAAUAUUUAUCAAAUAUUGUUUAAGCCGUCAUCGUGUCUUUUUAGUAAAUUCCAAGUAUGUUCCCUGUCAUCUCUACAAAAGGCAUAUAGGUCAAAUAAUUCCUAGUAAACGCUGUCAUGGAUUUCUGUUUACAAUGUUUUAUUUCAAAAUCCAUUUUUGUUUUUUGUAAGUUUUUUAUAUACACCUGUAAUAGGCGAAUGCAUAUCCGUAUUUCUAUUUAGAGGGACCAUUUGUUUGUCAGAUAGGUUCAUGCAUAUCAUUGGUGUUAUUAUUGUCUAUUUGUCGACAUAGCUUGUUUUUUUUCCUUAUCAGCGAAUUAACAAAUAAAUCGUCUUUCUAUGUUCCUGGAAGCAUUAGGCUAAUAUCUUGUCAAAAACCUGCAAUACAACAAUGAUACAUCACCUUUUUUAGCAUUAAUCUUUGUUUUGAGAUUGAAUUUUCGCAUCUUUUGAUUGAUUGAUUGAUUGAUUGAUUGAUUGACGUUUUUAUCCUCGCAAGAUAUAUGACGAUAUUACGGUGGAGAAUCACGUGGUCUGAAGAAACGAACUCAAAAUGGAGGCCACCUUAUGUGUCCUGGAAUAGUCCGUAGUUUUCCGUAACAUUCUGACCAAAGGUUGGAUUCGAACUCGUCAGUUUAAUUGCUCCGACGCGAGAUUUUGGUCAGAAUGUUCCGGAAAACUAUGGACUGAUCCAGCCCAAACGAGGUAUGGUUAUGUCUAGAUCAUACUAUAACAUAUGCUUAGGAAAAACCUAUGUAAUGAGUAUUUUCAGCCUUUUAAAUUUUUUAUCUUCAGAUCACGUGAUUUCCACCUUGGAUAUCGCAUAUGAAGAAAUGCCUAGAUAUUUAGGGGGGGGGGGGGGGGGGG